GUGGGGAUUGGGAUCGCUAGCCUAACUUAUCAAGCGUUUAAAAAAAGACGUUUUUCUGUGCUUCAUAUUAUCGAGAGAGAAAAUGGCCGAAGAAGGACAAGUUAUUGCCUGCCACACAGUGGAUACCUGGAAAGAGCAUUUCGAGAAGGGAAAAGGGUCUCAGAAACUGAUUGUCGUGGAUUUUACUGCUUCAUGGUGUCCACCAUGUAAAAUGAUUGCUCCAAUCUUCGCCGAGUUGGCGAAGAAGUUUCCCAAUGUCACAUUCUUGAAGGUGGAUGUGGAUGAAUUGAAGGCUGUUGCUGAGGAGUGGAAUGUGGAGGCAAUGCCAACUUUUAUUUUCCUGAAAGAUGGAAAAUUAGUGGACAAAACUGUGGGUGCUGAUAAAGAUGGCCUGCCAACACUGGUUGCAAAGCACGCAACUGCAUAAUGUGUGGAUGAUGUAUGAUCCUUAAUGGUUUUCAAUUGCUUUCUGUUUUAUGGAUCUUGUAUAUGUAUUUGACAUGUCUAUGUGAGUGCUUCGUCCUUGUUGCUCGUACAUGUCAUGUUAUUGGAUGGGAGCCCAUCGUUAGGAUGUUUACUGUCUUGUGCUGGUCUGUUUCUCUUGAGAAACUGGUUUGCAAUGUAAUAAAUCCGAAUGAUCUUGCUUGUGUA